CAUGAACAGGCUGACAGCCAAUCUUGUCAGUGUUUUGAAUUGAGAUUUGAGGUUAUAUUUACAAAAAAAUCAUUAGGAAAAGUUUUUUAUUAAUAAUAUUAAUGUAAAUUUCUUUUAUAAACAAUAAAAAGAUAAUGAAAGCGAGGUACUUGACUUUCUUUUCGUACAUAGGAACUUCAUUCAGGUCCUCAGAGAAGAUAUGGCUUAAAGAAGGUCGCAACUACCCUGAUCCUGAGAGUGUGCAGGGUCGAAUGGAAAUAGCCCUUUUAAGACUAAGGUCUCUUAAUUAUCCUAACGUAGUAUUGUCUAGCCGCACAGAUGGCGGAGUGCAUGCGCUUAAUUCCAGUGCGCAUUUUGACUUGGACCGGCACGGAACAGAAAUAUACGAUCCAAAUUAUGUCACAUAUAGUAUGAACAGGGUCUUCAACAAAAACGACUGUAGUAUUCUUGUAAAGAAGUGCCUGCGAGUAUCUGACAACUUCCAUGCUCGGUUCAAAGCACUUUCACGGACUUAUCUGUAUCGUUUGGCAAUCUUGAAGGAAGGUGUUAACAUACCAGAGAAAGAGUCUAUUGCAUCAUACAUACCGAUUGAAGAAUUAAAUAGAUGCCACUUUAGUUGUAGAUUACAAGGUUUCGACAUUGAGAGGUUCAAAGCAGGCGCUAAAUACUUAGAAGGAUACCAUGAUUUUUCAACAUUCAAGAGGUUUGAUAAACUGAACCCACACAAACACAAUCGCAGGGAGCUCAAGUCUAUAAUAAUAACACCUGGACGGCCGAUAACAACUACAUAUCACCAAGAGAAUAGUUAUUUUGAUUAUUGGGAUAUUGAGUUUAAAGGGCGCGCGUUUGUUCAUAAUCAGAUAAGACGCAUGGUGGGAGCUCUAAUAUCAGUUGGUAUAGGUAAGCUACAACCAGAGGACAUUAAGGUGAUGCUCCAAGUGCCAUCAAAGCAUUCCUGGUACUCAUUCAUACAGGCGGGGCCUCCUGAUGGCCUAUACCUCUGUAAUGUGGAGUAUAAUCCUGAGGACUUGAUCUAUAACCCUGAUCAGACCAAGGAUCAAGACUCUGGAAUAGAUUGUGACAGUGAUAGUGAAUAAGUGACUGUAUUUAGAAGGUUAAUGUUACAUAUGUUCUAGAAGAUAUUUGCCUAGAGGGUAGUUGUAAGUUUACUGCUCCAUAUAAAAUAGUGCCAUCUGUUGAGCAGCUCAUAUAACUACGAUCCAAUAUAAUUGAUAUAGCUAUAAAUUAUAGAGAGUAACAUGAAUUUCUUAAAAGAAUUACAGAAGCAAAGAAAAAAAUUGAAAGAAACCGAAACGAUCGU